AUGGACGGGGAGUCAGCCCUGGAAGGAUGGGGACGAUCGGCAGCACUGCCAGUCGUGGAUAUGGAGGGGGAGGAGCAGCCGCCUCAAGACCACUGGCAAGCAGCCAUGGCUGAGAGGCCAGAUGUCAUGCUGCACUUGCCAGGUGCCCUGCCUUGGCUGUGCCUUCGGCCUGGAUGUCCUGCCAAUGUCCUCCCCAGCUUAGCCCCGCCAUUCCUGGCCCUGCUGGGGCCUCUGCCCGCCCUCUGCUCCCAUCCUUAUGGAGAAGAAGAGCCGCAGGCUCUGGGCAGAGAGAGGCCAAACGUGAUGGGCUCAAACUCGUCAGAGAGCAGGAGCUCCCCCCUGCUGCAGGAGUCCUUGGGAGAUGGACUCCCUCAGGAGAUUUUGGACGCACUUGCUAAAGACAGCCGCUGGACCCCCAGCUUCGAAUCCUGUUUAAGUGACAGCUGUUUAGAGAGUUUGCUGGGAGAUCUAGAAAACCUUCUGGGCUCUGAGGUCACCCAUGAAGAGAGUCCUAUGCCACGCAAGCAUGGCAGCCAUCCCGGGAACCUCCCUCGCAUCGGAGAGAGUCCUGAAGAGAGCCUCCUGGCAGGCAGGUCAAAAGAGGACAGCAGUGCAGAGCCGAGGCAGGAACAGUGGGGAAACUCUAGCCUAGGUUCCCACCCCGUGGAGCACCAGGGGGUCCACGCCCAGGAGAAGCCCCCCACGAGUGCCGACCAGAGGGGCCUCAGCCAGCGUGUGUUCUUUUUAGUGUGGCCCAUUCAGCCCAGGUCCAAAGCCCACGCAUGUAAAGAGUGUGGGAGGUGUUUUCCUCGGAGUGUGGACCUCCAGCGCCAUCAGAGAGUUCACGCUCGGGGACAAAGUGGGGCCCCAGCUGCGUGUCACCCUCAGCGUGUUUGGUGCCAGAAACCUCUCCGAAUCGUGAAGGCCUACAAGUGUGAGCAGUGUGAGCGUGCGUUCACGCGGGCCUCGCAGCUGGCCGGCCACCGCCAAAGCCACAGGGAGACAGGCAGAAGCACCACCAAGCGACCUUCGGCUGCAAGAAGCCCUUCCUGUAGUACUGCCAUGCGUGCCAUGCAUGCCACCCCCGUGGCUGAGUGCCAGCAGUGCGGGAAGGCCUUCAGGCGGCUGGCCAUGCUCACCCUGCACCACGCGGCCCACAUGGGACAGAAACCCUAUCGAUGUGGCAAGUGUCAGAAAGCCUUCAGCCACGCCACCACCCUGAGGCGCCACCAGUGGAGCCACGCGGGCAAGCUGCCUUACCAGUGUGGCACCUGUGGCAAGGCGUUCUGCCAGCAUGGGCGCCUCCGCGAUCACCAGCGCAGCCACACGGGGGACAGGCCCCACCUGUGUCCGCACUGCACCAGGAGCUUCAGUCACGCCAGGCAACUCCUUCGUCACCAGUCCAGUCACGGUGCAGGGCAGCUCUUCCGCUGUGCCCAGUGCCAUGAGGCCUUCAGCCGCAGAGAACAUCUGGAGCGGCACCAGAGGAGUCACAUCAUCGAGGCCCCACACCAGUGUCCCCACUGUGGCGAGCGCUUCGUGUGUGGCUCCACCCUGCACUGUCACCUGGCCGGUCACAGCAGACAGAAGCCAGGCCUCCAUGCGGGCGGGGAUGUCAUGGGGGAACAUGGUGCCCGCUUCAGGUGUGGCAGAUGUGGGGAAAGCUUCCGCCUCCGCAAACACCUGGCACAGCAUGAGAGGAUCCAUGCCAGAGCCUCUGUGUGCCCAGGGUGUGGGAAAGCCUUCCGCCAUGCUCCACAGCUCCAUCACCACCUGAACACCCACUGUGGGGUGAGGCUGCAGGAGAAGGCUGGGCUCAGCAGCUCCCUCCCUCAUCCCCAGAGCUCCCACCUCUCAGAGCCUCCGUUCAUCCAUGCCACAGAGAAGUCGCUGAAAUGCACACAGUGUGGCCUCAUGUUCACGCACAGGAGCAGCCUCACUCAGCACCAGAGAUCGCACCCCGCCAGAAAGCACUUCCCGUGUGCCCAGUGUGGGAAAACCUUCAGGCAGAGCUGCAGCCUCUCUAGGCACCUGCGCGUGCACUCGGGGGAGAAGCCCCACACCUGCCACCACUGCGGGAAAGCCUUUGCCCAGAGAGCUAAUCUAAGCCGGCAUGAGAGAACGCACACAGGGGAGAAGCCCUUCCUGUGUGACGUGUGUGGCAGGCCCUUUGCUGUCCGUGCCCAUCUCAGUCAGCACCAGAGGAUCCACACCCACGAGAAACCUUAUCACUGUCCACACUGUGAGAAAACCUUCCGGAGCUGCCCAGGGCUCAGCAGACAUUCACGCCGGUGGCACGCCAACAGCAGCAAUACCAGCCGCAGCCUCUCGGGGGCAGCAGAGCCCCACAAGUCUGGAUUAGUUCCUCAGGUCAGUUGA